AUGGGCUACUGGGCCCUCAUGUGGGUGGCCUUGGUCGCGGAGGAGGAAUUCAUUUUCCGCCGCAACAAAGGGUAUAAGUGUGAAGAUUGGAAUGAUCCCUCGAAGCUGCCAGUCGGGAUUGCCGGCUUGACUGCAUUCAUUAUCGGCUGGGUCGGCCCGAUUGCCAGGAUGGACGGCGCCGACCUUGGUGUCUUUGGCGUGAGACAAGGCCCGCUCCAUAACGGCGCCGAAGUCCGUUUUGACGAUCCACUAUGGAUCCGCCUCAAUCGGUUCCACAGCACAGAUAAUCUCAAAGAUUGCAAAUUCAGCUCUUCGUGGUCAGACAUCACAAUGUCUACUCUCUCAGCUACUGAUCGAAAGCUUCGCAUCGCCAUCGUUGGCUGUGGAUUCCUUGGAACGGCUCUGUUGUCGGGCAUCAUCAAAAGCGUAACCGGCACGUCGCAUGAUUUGCGCUUCUCAGUCACUGCUUCCUCCGAUGCCUCACUCGAUAGACUACGGCAAACCUUUGCGUCUAACCACGAUCAUGUUCAAACGAUCACGAGCGACAAUGUUAAGGCCGUAGUCGACUCUGAAGUGGUGAUGCUAGGCUUCCAACCAUACCAACUCACCGCAAUCUCGAGCCACAAAGCAUUGCUGGAAGCCUUACAAGGAAAACUGAUCGUCUCCCUCCUAGCCGGCGUCUCCGCUCAGCAAAUUCGAGAGGCAAUCUACCCUUUCAGCGGCACAAUUCCAUCAAAUGUGUGAUCCCCAGCAUUGGGGCAAAAAUCAAUGAGUCUGUAACUUUGAUUGCCGACACUGGCCUGUCAUCAUCUGACCAGGAUGUUGUUGAGUGGCUCUUUGAGCAGGUUGGUAACUCGCAGCUCGUGCCAGAGAAUCUUAUCGACAGUGUGACUGCCCUUAGCGCUACAUGCCAUUCUUUGACUGUGGUGGCGGCCGAUGCGAUUGUCGACGCAAGUCUUGCGGAAGGAAUACCACGUCAAGUGGCGCUGGCGGUUGCGGCACAAUGUCUGCGCAGCUCGUCCUCACUUCUCCGAGGACAGGAAACUAUCGAGUCUUUGAAAGUAGCAAUGGCAGUUCCACGAAGCAUCACGGUUAACGCGCUACUGCAACUUGAACGGAGUCAGGUGCGAGCUGGAAUCUCUGACACCCUCAGACAUGCUGUGCGAU